AGUAGUAUUUUUACUGUUGUCAUUGUCGCUUCAUAUAAUACAAUAGAAAAUUAUAAAAAAAAAAUAUUUGUUUUUGUUUUUGAGUUGUUUUUGGUUUACGAACUUUUGUGUGGUGUGUUUCUACUUAUUAUUAUUCUUGUUGCUGUUAUUGUGUUUUUAGAGUACGAGUACUAACUGCAGCAACAACAACAACAACAACAAAUUCGUAAUGCGAAAUGCAUGCAUGCGUAUGGACGUAUAUGACUGUCAAAUGUUUGUAGUUUUUUUUUUACUAUAGAGUUAUUUUUUAGUCGAUGUUGAUUAUUGCACACGUAAAUAGUAGUACGCGCGGUAAAAAAAGUACCAAAAUACAAAAAAAAAAAAAAAAGUAAAACUAUAAAAUUUCAUUAAAUUUAAUAAUAAUUAUAAAUAAAGUGAUUAAAAAUUACAAAAAAAAAAAAUAUAAACAAUUGAAAUUUUUUUUAUUCAAAAAGAAAAUAAUCAAGAGCUGCAAGUAACCAAGUACUGGAGAGUAUUAAUGUGGUUUAUUGUGGUAAAUAUAAAAAAGUGUUUGUUUGUAUGUAGGAGAGGAGGAUAAAAUAUCAAACCGCAAAAACCGCAUGUUAACCAGCCAAGCACAACCAAAUAAAAAAAAAGUUUAAAUUAUAAAAAAAAAAUAUAGUGCAAAAACAACAACAAAAAAAUAUUAAAACCAACCAAACAAACCAUAUUAAAUGUAUAGAAGUCGUUAAAAAUUAAAUUACAGCUAAAAUAAAUUCAUUUCUACAUGAAAUUAAUGUGUUAUAGGAAAAAAAGAGAAAAGAGCAAAAUACAAUUGCAACUAACAAAUUGAAUAAAAUGUAAAAUUUAUUACUUAAUUAAAACUCAAAGCAAAUAAACCAAAUGAAAAAAUAAUAAUAAUAAUAAAAUGUAUUAAAUAAGUGUAAUAAAAAAAUACAGUAAAAUAAUUAUAUGAAAUGCAAGAAAAAUGUUAAUUUUAUUAAUAAAUUCAUUAAAAAAUUUAAUAACACAAAAACCAACAAGUAAUGCUCAGUUAAGUUAUAAAUUACAAUUAUAAUUAAAUAAAAACAUAUUAAACAAUAAAAAAAAUACCAACAAUAUUAAAAAAAAAUCCUAAAAAAACACUAAAUCCCCUCAAUAACACGUUUGUUUUCACACUCUUAAAUAUAUAAAAUAAACAAUAAUAAAACAACAAAUUAUAAUUAUUUUAGCUUUAAACAAUUAGCCAAAUAAAUUAAUUAAUAUUAAUAACCACAACAACAAUAAUAAUAACCACUUUAAUACAGCCAUAAAAAAAAAUUAAAACUGCGCCGAAGCUUCUAACAAAAACAAUAAUUUCACAACUCUCUCUUGUUUGCUAAACUCCCAAAAAAAAAAAUCUCUCAAACUCCCCUUACUCCUAAAAAAAAAAAAAAAAAAAAAUUUCCUUCAAGUGCUAACAUUACUACAGUUAAUGCAAGUGUGUGUGUUUACUACUUGUUUUGCCUAUUUUACUCUCACUUUGUGGAUUAGAGAGUAAAAUUGUUUGAAAACAAAAACAAAACAAAGUAAAAGAAAAGAAAAUUUACUUCUAUUUCUCCUCAACACUAAGCUAAAAGGAGUAUUAAUUCCCUCUAAAGUGCAAUUUCCUGCUAGAGUUUUUUUUUAGAGUACUAUUGCUCUUUAUUUACCUCUUACGCUCUUCUUGUGCAACACUCAACCCGUAUAAAGGGUUUUUCAUCGGGAUAUACAAAUUUCAUUUCGUAGCCGUUAAUUAUAAAAAGCCGUCAAAGUGGAUUUAACAAAUUAUAAUAAAAUGCUGCAAUCCAGCAAUCAAUAUUUGAGGCCGGAUUAUAUGGUGGCACCAACUGCGCUGGAUACCAAAAGCAGUCCUUUGGCACUGCUGGCUCAAACAUGCAGUGCAAUUGGUGCCGAUACCACAAAUCCCAAAUUGCUGGCAGCAAAUAUAGAAAAGGCCACCAAAGCUCAUAAAUCAUCAUCUUCCUCAUCACUGGAUAAUCGUGACAAAUCAUCACCGCUCAGUAGUCAUUCAUCGGUAUCAACGGGUUCGGUAGAGCAGCAGCAGCAGCAACAACAGCAACAGCCUACACAACAGCAACAGCCCAUAAAAUGUAGUUUUAAACCCUAUGAAACCAAUAACAAUCACAUACGUGAGCGUUUAGAUAAUGACAACGAGCAGGCAACGAAUCUAACACAAAGCCAUAGUCAAAAUAGAGUGAAAACACCAAAAACUAGUAGUAAUAGUUUAGGACAAAAUGGUUUACAAAAUCGCUGUGAUUCCAAUCAGUCGGCCAGUUCACAAAGAGGUGAUUCACCGGCUAUAAAUGGUGGUCUGAGAAGAACUCCUUCCUUAGUAACCAGUCAACAGGAAUUAACAACGUCACAGCAUCACCAGCAGCAGCAGCAACAACAACAGUCGCAGCAUCACUCUCAAGUUAGAAGUCAAAAUAGUCCAGCUCAUCAAAAAGCCAAAGAAACAGCAAUGAAUGGUGGUGGUGGUAGUAGUGUAGCUUCCGCCACCACUACUAUGUCAGCAACUAGUCCUACACAUUCCACCACCACCGCUGCAACAUCAACUAGACUACAGGCCACUUCAGAAGCUGCUUAUGCUGCCGCUUCCAAAGAGGCUAGUUAUGUGAAAGCUUUACAGGCAGCUGCAGCUGCUGGACAGGGUAAUAGUAGUGCAGCAGCUUCCUACUAUCCGGGUUAUCCCGCCAGCAUGUCCUAUCCCAUGGAUUUAAUGGCGGCUAGUGCUUUAAUGUCUCCUCAUCAUCCCAUGUUUAAGGCUGCUGCUUUGAAUCCUUAUUUGAAUUAUGCAAGACUGAAAGGUCUAGAUAUGCCGCCAAAUAUAUGUCGGGAUCCUUAUUGUACCGGCUGUCCCUCCAGUCCUCAUUUCCUGAAUAAAGCCGCUGGUCAACCCUGUCCAGCUGGCUGUCCCCAGUGUGAAAGGGAGGGUAAAUCUACUGGCAGUUCAUCUAGUGCCGCUGCAGCUGCUGCUGCCGCUUCUUCAUAUCAUGCUCAAUUGGCUGCUUUGGCAGCUGCUUCACAAAUGCCUUAUGUUUGUUCUUGGAUAGGUGGCGAUACACCGUAUUGUGGCAAACGUUUUGCCACCUCCGAUGAACUGUUUCAACAUUUACGUACACACACCGCUUCGCUACCCGAAUCUGUUUUGACUGCCGCCGCUCAAGGUGGCAUACCGCCAAAUCAUCCUCUGUUUCAACGUACAUAUCCCACACCCCCGUUAAGUCCUCUAUCAGCGGCCCGCUAUCAUCCCUACGGCAAACCGUCCAUGUUACCACCUUCUCUAGCCGGUGCACCGCCUGGUUCAUUGGCCAGUCUGCAAAUGCAACAACAUCCUGCUUUAGCUCAAUAUUUCUCUCCCUACUCGCUUUAUGGUCCCCGCAUGGGUUCUUCACAUCCAUAGUAGAAGUAAAUUUACAACAAAAACCUAAAAUUUUUUAAAUAUUAAAAUUUUCUUUUUUGCAAUUCAUAACAAUUCAGUCAAAUACAAAACAUAUAUUACACUUAUCUUAAUAGAUAUUUUUGUUUUAAAAUUGUAUUUUUAUUUAAUUUAAUUUUUGUUUUCUAUUUUGUGAAACUAAAAGCUAGUGAUGUUAGUUAAGCAUUAUUGUAAAAUAUUUGAAUUAUUUAUUAAAUAAUUAAUUACUAAAAAAAACACACACACACUUUAUUGUCCAAAUAUUAAA